AUCGGUCUCGCACACGUUCAGUCUUGAGUUCUGAAACAAGGCUUGAAACUAUAGGAUGGCCCCGAAGAUUGAAUACUAUUGUCCAUGUCUGGCCGAGUCGCCUUACCCGCCACCUCCGCACCUGGCAUCGUCUUCAUACAGCUUCCACGCCCUGCACAACCUCUUCUUCUGCGAGGAGUGUGAUGCAGUCAGAUGUAACAGAUGCGUCUUGGUGGAAGUGAGUGGCUACUACUGCCCCAACUGCUUGUUCGAGGUCCCCAGUGCUAGCGUCCGUGCAGAAAAGAAUAGAUGCGCGCGAAACUGCUUCCUAUGUCCGAAUUGUCGGAAUACUCUCACAGUUGUCCCGUCCGACCCGCCAGAGGACGUGGAUUCCAGAAUGUCUCCCAUUGUCUCGACCACUCUUGGCGAGCCUCCUUUCUUUCUCUACUGCAAUCACUGCCGAUGGGAUUCGGCCGAAGUAGAUAUCACAUUUGAGAAGCCAACAGGUCUCGCAGCACAAUUACAGAAGUUUGAGGACUCCGCACCGGAAUCGCUCGAGUUCGAGCGUCUGAAGGAACACUUUGAGCCCUUCCUACGUGCAUCCUCUUCCUCUACCGCCCUCCCCAGCGCAUCCUCACAUCACGUCCAUACGAACCCUAUCACAGCCGCAGCCUCGUCCGCGCUCGCGCGUGACAUUCCUGGGGUAGGCAAGUACAACCCCCUCUCACGCUCUCGCAUCGGUCGCGACAAGGCCGCACACAGGCAAGAAUACCCGGACUACAAGAGCAGAGUGGAGGUGGGGCACGCAGCCGCGCUCAGCGGGGAGGUAGAUGUAGAGUUGUUGAGGCAUCUCGAGACGGUGGGCGAGGUUGCAUCAUUAGAGCAGAGAUGGUCGAACAGCUGGGUGACACCGCUCCGCGCCAGUGAUCUCAAACCGCUCCGAAUACCCCUGCAGUCGAAGAAGUCGAAGCGCUGUCCCAGCUGCCGCCACAUCCUCAUCAAGCCGGAACAGAAGGCACAGUCCACUAGGUUCAAGAUCAAGCUCGUCGCUGCCAACUACCUGCCAGCCAUCGCUGUCACCCUGCCUCACGCGCAGGCCGCGCUCGAGAUGAUGAAACGCUCGUCGGCCAAGUCGGUCUCUGCUGCCGCUGCGGCCGAGGAGCAGCAGACCGCGGGCGCGCUCAUCGCGGGUCACUCGUACUCGUUUCACCUCGCGUUCACGAACCCGCUCUACGACCCGAUACAGAUACGGCUCGCAAAGGCGGUGGUCCCCGCCCACAUGACAGAGGAUGCUGAGGCGGCUGAGCGCGCGCGCAGGAGCACGUUCCAGAUUCAGCUGCCGAGCGCUGCGUUCCCCGUGGGGGCGUUCGCAGAGGCAUGGGAGUACGACGACGAGGAUGAGGGCAUGUUCCUGGACGAGGACGGGGUGGAGCUCUUGGACGCACGCGGGAAGAAGGGGAAGGACGGAAGAGGCAAGUCACGUUCGGUGGGAAUCGUAGACAAGCGGGCGAACGUCACUAUCGUCAGUGGAGAAGUGCUUAUUCCGAAGGAAGCGCGUGGGGACGUCAAGUUCAACAUGUUGGUUUCGUACACGUAUCGGUCAGACGACCCCGAGCCGUCAGAAGAGGUUGAGGUCGGGACGCCCUCGCGGUCACAUGGGACGAACAAGGCACCAGAGAUGAAGAACUUUUCGUUCUACACUGUCGUCGACUUGGGCUCUAUCAUGUAUCGUGAAGAGCCUAAGCUCACUGCGGAUCUGUAGUUGGACAGGGCUUGUUGAAUGCGAUACGGGUGUUUGGAUUCGA